GAUGAUCCAAAUUGCUUGGCUUCACAUUCUGCUUGGAUAGACUCUACUCUGGGAUUGGAGCUGCACCUGACUAUCACUGGAAGAACUUCUCACCUCCGGCCCUAUGUUUCUGUGGCUACUGCUUCUGAUGCUUUCUCCUGUUGGCAUCUGGUCAGACUGGCUAAGUAUCGAUAUGCCACGCUAUGCCUAUGAAGGAGACCAGGUUGUUGUGAGAUGCUCUGGAGAAGAAAAUAAUAAAAUAAAGAGACUUAUGUAUUAUAAGGAUGGAUCUCGGAUAUCUACUUACUACAGCACCUCAAGCUAUGUCAUUUCAAAUGCAAGACCCAGUGACAGUGGCUCCUAUUAUUGUAAAGCAGAUAGGAAAUUUUUCUUAUUUGUGGAUGUGACAGAAGAAACAAGAUCUACAUGGCUCACUGUCCAAGAACUGUUUCCAGCACCUGUUAUGACAGCCAGACCCCUGCUGCCCACUGAAGGGAACUCAGUGACCUUGUCUUGUGAUACUCAACUCCCUUCAGAUAGGUCAAAGACACAGCUCCAGUACUCCUUCUUCAGGGAUGGCCACACCCUGAGGACAAAAUGGAGCUCAUCAGAAUUUUGGAUCUCAGCAUUAUGGAAAGAAGACUCAGGAUAUUACUGGUGUGAGGCAAUGACAUCAUCUCACAGUGUCUCAAAGCGGAGUCAUCGAUCCUAUAUACAUGUGCAGAGAAUCCCUGUGUCUGGAGUAUUUAUGGAGACCCAGCCCCAAGAGGGGCAGGCAAUUGAAGGAAAGAUGCUGGUCUUUGUCUGCUCUGUGGUUGAAGGCACAGGAGAAAUCUCAUUCUCUUGGCACAGAGAAGACACAAGGGAAUGUCUGGGGAGGAAAACUGUGCGUUCUCAGAGAUCAGAGCUAGAGAUCCCUGUUAUCAGGGAAAGCCAUGCUGGUGGAUAUUACUGCACAGCUGACAAUAACCAUGGCCUCAUCCAGAGUGAGAUAGUGAACAUCACUGUGAGAAUUCCAGUGUCACAUCCUCUCCUCACUAUCAGUGUUCCUGGGAACCAGAUCUUUAUUGGGGACAUGGUGGAGCUUCACUGUGAAGACAAGAGAGCAUCUCCUCCUGUUCUAUAUUCAUUUUAUCAUGAAAAUAUCUCUAUUGGGAACAUCUCAGUGCCUUCUGGAGGAGGAGUGUCCUUCAAUCUAUCUCUGACUGCAGAGCAUAAUGGGAACUACUUCUGUGAGGCAAACAAUGGCCUGGUGGCCCAACGCAGUGAGAUGGUGGCACUCAACAUCACAGAGCCCCCAGUCAAAAUCCGCUUGAUGAAUGGUCUUCACCGCUGUGAAGGGAGAGUGGAAGUAGAAAAGAAUGGUCACUGGGGCACUGUGUGUGAUGAUGGCUGGGACAUGAAUGAGGUGACUGUGGUGUGCCGGGAGCUGGGCUGUGGAGCAGCCAAGCAUACACCUGCAGGAAUGUUAUAUCCACCUGUGGCCAAAGAGGACCAACCUGUGUUUAUUCAGGUAGCCAUGUGCAAUGGGACUGAAGACACACUGGCUGAAUGUGAGCAGGUUGAAACCUUUGACUGUGGGCAUGAUGAGGAUGCAGGUGCAGUAUGUGAAGGUGGGUAAUGGCAAGGGCUGGGGAAUAAGAAUGGGAUAACCCAGCUCUGUGGCCCUUCCCUCUCCUGCCAUGCCCAAUUCAUUUUAUGAUAUACCACUGUUUCUUUGUUCUUAAGAAAUGCCCAUUAUACUUUAGAAUGGAGUCAGGACAGCACCUUUUAUUAGGUUAGUCCAUGGUUAUAAUAAAAUGCUACCAAACCA